AUGUUGUCUCACGCCCGUAUCGCCCCCUUGGCUAGGAACGCCCUCCGAAGCGCCGAGUCUGCUCGGGCUUUCGCCCCCGUUCAGCAGAUCGCUCGAUCCGCCGUCAAGCCCGCUCAGAUCUCGAGCCGAUCAUUCUCCUCGGCAAGGAAGACCAACCGGGUCUUGGCCACCGCUGCCAACUUGGGUAGCAAGUCGUUCGUCCGUGGGUACGCUGCCGAAGCCGGUGGCAAGUUUGCCAGGACCAAGCCUCAUUUCAACAUCGGUACCAUCGGACAUGUCGACCACGGAAAGACCACCUUGACCGCCGCUAUCACCAAGGUUCUCGCCGAAUCUCAGGGUGGAAAGUUCAUGGACUACUCUCAGAUCGACAAGGCUCCCGAGGAGAAGGCUCGAGGUAUCACCAUCUCUACCGCCCACUUGGAGUACCAGACCGCCGCCAGGCAUUACGCUCAUAUCGACUGCCCCGGUCACUCGGAUUACAUCAAGAACAUGAUUACCGGUGCCGCCCAAUUGGACGGAGCCAUCAUCGUCGUCUCUGCCACGGACGGUCAGAUGCCCCAAACCAAGGAGCACUUGCUCCUCGCUAAGCAAGUCGGAAUCAACAAGCUCUUGGUCUUCAUCAACAAGGUCGACCAGGUCGAUGACCCCGAGAUGUUGGAGCUCGUCGAGAUGGAGAUGAGGGACUUGUUGGGAGAGUACGGGUUCGACGGAGAGAACACGCCGGUCAUUAUGGGUACUGCUUUGGCUGCGCUCGAGGGCAAGGACCCGGAGAGGGGUUCGAAGAAGGUCUUGGAGUUGAUGGAGGCUGCCGACACUUGGCUCGAUCUCCCCAAGCGUGACCUCGACAAGCCGUUCUUGAUGUACGUCGAGGACGUCUUUUCGAUCUCUGGAAGAGGAACCGUCGCUACCGGCAAGGUUGAGCGAGGUACCAUUACCAAGGGAUCCGAAGUCGAGAUUCUGGGUAUGGGCAGUUCGUUGAAGACCACCUUGACCGGAAUCGAAAUGUUCCACAAGGAGCUCGAUCGGGGUGAGGCUGGUGACAACAUGGGUGCGCUCUUGCGUGGUGUCAAGAGGGAGCAGGUCAAGAGGGGUCAGGUUAUCGUCGUGCCCGGAUCCAUAAAGUCGGCCAAGAAGUUCAAGGCUCAGAUCUACGUCUUGACCAAGGAGGAAGGUGGACGAUACACCCCCUUCAUGUCCAACUACCGACCUCAGUUGUUCUUGCGAACCACCGAUGUCACCGUCGCCUUGACCUUCCCCGAGGGAACCGAGGGCGCCGACGAGAAGCUUGUCAUGCCCGGUGACAAUGUCGAGAUGGUCGGAGACCUCGUCCACGACAUCGCCCUCGAGCCCGGUUCGCGAUUCACCCUCCGAGAGGGAGGCAAGACCAUCGGAACCGGUAUCGUUUCGGAGGUCUACUAA